AUGAAGAGGGUCAACGCUCUCUUGAAUCGUUCCACGCCAAGCAAGUCAGAGCAGAUCCCAGCAUCGACUGAUGUCAGAACCUUCGUACAUAAGCCACUUGACGAAACAAAGUCGUCACUUCGUCUCGUCACCGUCAAUUCCGAACUCUCAGCAGACGGGUCGAUUCAGUGCUACGUUAGCCACUCUACUCUAGACCGCGCAUCGUAUGUCUGUCUCUCGUACCGAUGGGGACCCAUUGAAGAUCAGAUGCGAAUCCACAUCAAUGGUGCGCCAUUCUAUAUUCGGAGAAACCUCUUCGAAUUCCUGGAAAUGGUCCGAAGGAUGCCAAUGACAUUCUACUGGAUUGAUGCCAUCUGCAUCGAUCAAGAAAAUGUCUCUGAACGAAAUCAUCAAAUUGCGCAAAUGGGUCGCAUCUAUUCCGGUGCUUUCCUUGUUUACUUGUGGCUGGGGAAAUGCGCUGUGAUGGCGCCUUGGCUGCAACACUUAAAGAACGUCAAGAACCAGAGAUACCAAUGGCCGGCAUCUCUAGAUUUCAUCAGGGAGGCUCAUAAUAACCUUGGUACUUGCUUGUACAACAACGAAUACUGGUAUCGGGCAUGGAUAGCCCAAGAGAUUCUCCUGGCUCGGACCAUCGUUGUGCUCUUAUGUGGCGAAUCGUUCAAAUUCACCGACCUUCUCAGCGCGCGACACACGUUUCAUCACGUCGAUUUUGGGAGCUUUCACAAUUGUGGAAUGACCCGUUUUGAACAGUUCCUGGGAGGCAUCGCAAACUUCCGCCAUGAACCAUUGAUCCGUCUCCUGGAGAAGUUUCGAGACAGUCUAUGCGAAAUACCUCGCGAUCGUAUCUACUCACUGCUAUCAAUCAGCUCCGACUCCCAGCUGUUGCGAGUUGAUUACGAGCAACCAAGUGACAGUGUCGCAUACGAAGUGCUAAUGCAUUCGGACGGGCCACUUUGUGUAUGCUCUGCUCUUCUUGUCGCUCAGAGUCUCGGCCUCGCCAAUACUCAAUACAUACCGGAGCCUUCGCAUUCACAAACAUGUUCGAGUACAAUCUUGGACUUCACCACCAAACGGCUGAGGUUCGACAAACACGCCAUGUUGGCCAACGAUGAGAUCCAAUCUUGGGACGGUUACAAGCUACUAGGAGUCGACAUAUUCGGGCACGACUAUGUCUUCUCACACUUUUGUCCCGCGUUCGAACUCUUGAUGGACGGGUUACAGGAACGUGCGAUCCAAAUGCGUCGGACUCCUGUCAAUUCAACCGAGGAUCCUCUUGGCCGUGUGGAAAUUCCCUUCCUGCUUAAGAUGAUGGAUGAGGAGCACCGUCAUGCUUUCUUGGGCAAUGCUGAGUCUACCAUGCGGGUCACUGCCCAUGGCGAGCACCGUGAUGCCUGCACUGUCUCCGUAGCACUUGAGCUGCUCGCCGAGCUUGUACCGCAGCCGAUCCAGCUCUGUCCAAGAGUCAAACAUGUAAAGGAUAGGGCAAAGACCAGGGGUAGUGUAGAGGUUGCGUCAUGCGAAAGAGACGAUCUUCAGCAACGUGCACUAUCAGCACAGCGGCGCGGCAGCAACUCCACGAUGCAGAAUGUCGACUUGCGACGGAUUGAUUCAGCCCACCCAGCCAAAAUUGUAGAGGAAGACGGUCCUGUUUCACAACUGAGGAUAUGGCGUAUACAGAAGCGGCCCGGAUGA